UGAAGUGUGUUAUCUUUCUGCACGAAGGAGAGCUUACGGAAUGUUGUGCAAGUGAUCGUGUGUGACAGCAUACAUUACAGUGGUUAGGAGGAAAGGUCAGGGCAAGCGGAAGUAUUGACACCAUGCAGCGUGUUUUGGUUAAUAUUUCUCCGUUACUAAGGCACUCCUCGAAGGAAAGUUUUACUGCGUUUGGUACUAAAACAACGCUGGUCAGAAACAUAUCAGUCAGUUGCAACAAUUUUAAUUCGUUUAAAAUCCAGGAUGUAAAUGAUUUCAAUGAAAGAGUGAAGAAUAGUAAAGUUCCUGUUAUUGUAGAUUUCUUCGCAACAUGGUGUAACCCCUGUAGAAUGUUAGCGCCUCGUAUUGAAUCUGUCAUCGCUGAGAAAAAGGGACAGGUAGUUCUUGCGAAGGUAGACAUUGAUGAACAAACAGAUCUGGCACUGGAUUAUGACGUUUCUUCAGUCCCUGUGCUUGUAGCAAUAAAGGAUGGCAAGGAAGAAGAUCGUUUAAUUGGCCUGCAAGAUGUUGACAAGCUAAAAAAGUUUGUUGAUAAUAUAUGCGGAAGUACUGCGGCAGCAGCAGCAAAGGCAUCAUAGAAUUGAAAACAUUACAAAGAUCUUACUGUGAUAUAUGUUCUCAGAAUAUUAUUUCACAUAGUUCAAUAAUGUUCUGUAAAUUUUGUUAUGCGUCAAACGUAAUGCAGAAAUGAAUAUAAUUAAACCACUCCUUUCCCGAGAACAAGGCUCUAUAGGCCUAUACAUAACACAGAUGGUGUUCACUCUUGUGCAAUUAAUAUUCACUGUAAUAAGACACUGGUAAUAAAAAGUUAACCCUGAAA